AUGGACGCAAAUGUCUCCUCCCGCGAGGGACCAACGAAGAACUUUUUCAUAUUCGGGCACAACAUCUCCCAUACUCUGUCUCCAACGCUGCACAACACUGGCUUCAGGGAGCUCGGCCUACCUCAUCACUACCAGAUCCACCAGACAGUGAGCGUGGAUGAUACAGUCAAAGAAAUCAUCCACCGAGAUGACUUCGGCGGCGCCUCCGUCACAUUCCCCCACAAGCUUCAGAUUGGCAGACUACUAGACUCGGUCACCGACUUCGCCGACAAGAUCGGGGCCGUGAACACCGUUGUCGUCGACACUGACCCGACAUCCGGAAAGCGGCGAUUGGUCGGCGAUAACACGGACUGGCAUGGCAUCAAGAGAUGUAUAGCGAAGAGCGAACUUCAGGAUUUGCAGUCGUCCGCUGCUUUGGUGCUAGGCGCUGGCGGAGCAGCUCGUGCUGCCUGCUUUGCCAUCCAAGAGCUUGGGAUUUCGGAAGUUCUCAUCGUCAACCGCACAGCAUCGAAGGCAUAUGAUAUGGCGAUCAAUUUCCCAGGAAUCAAGGAAGCUCAUGUGUUUGAGACUUUGGAAGAGGCUGUCGCGGACAGACAAAGACGCGGUGCUUCUGCCAAGCCGCUUCAAGUUGUAGUCGCCUGUGUCCCGGCCGAUGACCUGGGGUCGGCGAAAAUCCCCGCGGCGCUGUUCUCUGGGGCUGACUCGGGGGUUCUUGUGGAGAUGGCCUACCGACCUCAGGUCACAGGAAUGAUGUUCGUGGCCUCGCUACAUGAAGGCUGGAGGGUAUUCAGAGGUAUUGAUGUCUUGGAGGAGCAAGCCUACGCGCAGUUCGAGUUGUGGACGGGGAGAAAGGCGCCUGUGGAGGUGAUGAGGGCGGCUAUGCAGGCAAAGAUUAAGGAAAAUGAGCAAUCAGCUUCCUCCAAGUAG